UGCGACCAGACGCGGUGGCCGUUACAUGGGGGAAUUCCAGGCCAGACAAGCCGUGGAUAUCUCGACACGUGGGGAUCAUCACACGGAUCUAGGCCAUGUCAACGAGCACUUCGUCCAUCGAGGGUGCUGUGGAGGUUGUGGCGGUCGCGAGUGGUAUCGGAAAAGAUGAAGCUCGCCCAGGUACCCACAGCUUUGUCGUGUCGGGGACCACAUUUCAAGUCGACACCAAGUACAAGUUCAUCAAGCCGAUUGGUCAUGGAGCGUACGGAGUUGUCAUAUCAGCGCAAAACACCGAAACUGGAGACAAAGUUGCCAUCAAGAAGGUGUCCAAGGCGUUCGAGGACCUGAUUGAUGCGAAGCGCAUCUUGCGAGAAAUCAAGCUCCUCCAGCACUUCGACCACGAAAACAUCAUCACGAUAGUCGACCUGUUGCCGCCGACGUCGCUGGCGCACUUUGAAGAUGUGUACAUCAUCUCGGAUCUCAUGGAAACCGACUUGCAUCGCAUCAUCUACUCUCGGCAGCCGCUUAGCGACGACCACAUCCAAUACUUUCUCUACCAAAUUUUGCGUGCGCUCAAGUAUAUCCACUCGUCCAACGUGCUGCACCGCGACUUGAAGCCGUCCAACUUGCUCCUCAACUCGAACUGCGACCUCAAAGUAUGCGACUUUGGGCUGGCGCGUGGCGUCGAGCCUGACGAAGACAACAUGGAAUUGACCGAGUACGUCGUCACGAGAUGGUACCGAGCGCCCGAGAUCAUGCUGUCUACAAAGGAAUACACGAAAGCAAUCGACAUUUGGUCCACGGGAUGCAUCUUUGCCGAACUGCUCGGGCGCAAGCCCAUGUUCCCCGGCGACGACUACAUCCACCAGCUGCAAAUCAUUUGCGACAAGUUGGGGACCCCCAGCGAGGCCGAAUUGCACUUUGUCACUAGCGAAAAGGCUCGCCGAUUCAUGAAGAGCCAGCCAAACAAGCCCAAGAUCCCGCUCGAUCGCUUGUUUCCCAAUGUCAAGCCCACGGCGCUCGACUUGCUCGACAAAAUGCUCGUGUUUGACCCAUCCCAGCGCAUUUCAGUCGAAGAGGCGUUGCAGCAUCCGUACUUGGAAUCGCUCCACAACUGCGAGGACGAGCCCAAGGCGACCAAGCACUUUAGCUUUGAGUUCGAGAAAGAAAACUUAACCAAGCGACGCCUCCAAGAGCUUAUUGCCGAGGAAGUGUGCCAUUUCCAUCCUGAAUGGCGCGACCAGCGCAACUUGCCGCCGUCAGACGCAAAGCUGUCCGCCAGUCGAAGCACGGACGCCACAAUCGACGGAUCGAAAGGCCACGACGACUGAGGAGCGCGGUGUUCGGCGUCGGACGACCGUGCGUUCGUUGGGGGUUGAUUCAAGUCAUCACUCUGCGCACUCAAUUAAGUCGAACACAAUCUAUUUCGUAUAGUAGUUUGUCCAAGGGCCACUGCCUUUCGCAUAAAAGUCCAUCG